UCAAACAAAAAGAUAGAAGACAUGUCUUGUGACUUUUCAACAUAAUAAACCCUUUUAUUCUGCCAAGAACUGUCCCAGAAAAUCAUUCACUGUUGACAGAUUGAUAGUGUUUAUGUUGGCCAUCAUUCGCUUCAGUUAUUGUAUUCAUUUCAACUGUUAUUGAGUUGUUGUUGAAGUUUUGUGAAGAAUUUUCUGCGUCAAUCGUCAACAUUCAACAACCUGUCAACUUGUUUGAUUGUCAAAAUGAACUGUGUGUGAAGAUCUUUUAUAUCCAACUCAGUAGUCUAGUCAUCCUAUUUAACGGCAACAAUGGUCAAAAUGACGUCAUCUGCGGUCAACCGCCUGCCUGAUAUUGAAACCAAAAGUAUUUACGCGGGACAGUUUCAAGACAGGAGCCCAGACAAAAGAGCAGCUGGUAAACUAAUUGCAACCGGAGAUUCUGCCUCCCUCUGUUUAAAACCACCAAGCGAUGGACGGCCAUCAACUCCAGAACCUGUGAGUCGAUUCCGGGCCUCGGGCCGUCCAGAUGCUGGGCAAAUGAGGGUCUUCUAUGGCAAAGCGUACGAUCCUCAUCAGCGAUGGGCCAUAGAGAUGCGCCAUGGUGUCAACACUCAACCCUCCAUGACAUCAGGCGAACUCGCCAACCCACCACCAAAGACGCUUUUCCAACAGAAGAUGUUGGACAAGAAACAGAGUCAAUAUUUCAGUCUCAAGAAAGGACCAUUAGGAAAGUCACAUGACCAGCGUCCAGGUCUUCCAAAGGGUUUAGAUCCAAACAGGGUCAUGUUUGGCAUCAAGACAUUGAAAGACGGCAGUGCCGGUGAGAUGAUCAAUCCUGACAAAGAUUUCGACGAUGUCUGCAAUGAAUACGAUGCAGGUCACGACCUCUAUGUCGUCACACACCAAGAUUAUCGUGUUGGCGAGGCUGUCGAUCGAAACUACAAAAACCCCAACUAUGAUUCAACGUCUUGCUUUGGAAUCCCGACACCGCACUCAAACGAUGGUCGUCAUGUGCGCAACACCAUGAAAUGGCUCCAUACCACAAAUUCUGGAUCUGAAAAGCAUACACCUAUCGUCUCAAAGAGAGCUGAUGACUUCCGGGAGAGAACUCAGCCACAGCUUGGAAAAGUUCAUGAUCCCAUAAAAGACACAUUAAAAGUUGGUCCGGAUCAUACUUUUGGAAUCCUCGUCAAACCGGACGCGUAUGGUGCUGGUGACCUCCUGCACAUGCGGUCCCCUGGCAUGUAUCUCCGUGGUCGAGACAGACAGCGAGGCAUCCUCGCUGCCAUCAGACAACAUCUCAAGAAAUCAAACUAUCACAACUUUCAAGAUCUCGUCACGGCAUUCCGCCAUUUUGACAAAGACAAUUCUGGUACAAUAGAUAUGAAGGAGUUGCGUGCAGCGUGUCAACACUUCAACCUACCCGUGGAGCCUGAGUUACUCGAGCAGUUGAUGUAUUCUUGCGAUUCAAACAACGAUGGACGGAUUGAUUAUGGAGAGUUUGCUAACUUCUUGAACUGGAAAGAUAAAAUGCCUUCAGGAUUCAAAACUAAAGAAAAAGUGUUAGAUUCUAAAAUCCUAAGUAAUAGCACCAGUGCUGACAUGGUGCCGACGUCAAGUCGAGACAGUACACCGAGGAGGUUACAGAAACAGAUUGAUAAAGCCAUCGGGAAUCACCGAACAAGCUCGUCGAAUAUCAACGCGGUUGUCGGUGGACUUAAUACAAAAGGUUACAGAGCAUACGGCGUGCCAACCAAUCGCACGGAUCUCCCUGCUCCCAGGAUCAAGCGUAUAGAUGACAGAAAGAACUACGGUGACGAGUCAGAUGCCCACGGUCUCACCAACCCAUCCAUCUUUACUCGACAUGGCGUCUUCGAGAGGGACUUCCUGCGGGGACGGUCCAAGGACGAGAUCAAGUCCAUCUUCACCAACAUCGGUGUUUGUAUGACGGGUCAAACCUUUGAAGAGAUCUGGGCCGUGGCAGCAUCGAGGCACCCGAAGGGAGAAGUCAGUGUGGAGUCAUUUAGGAACGUGUUGGAUAUGUGCCAGGCAAACCAAAUAAUCACCGAUCUAGAUGCUCUUGAGAAAAGUGGCGGCCAAAUGAUCGCUGUAUAAAAUCUGAGAUUUUUAUUUAUUGAGAUUUAAUUAUCGAGAUUUUAUGGCUUCAUUUAUAGCCUAACCAUCUUAUUUUGUGAUAUCUAAUAAAACAUAUGACCCCAUUUUGUCGCCCUUGUCAUAUGAUCUCCGUCCAUUUUCUAAUUAUUACAUCCUUAUAACGUUGACAUAACAAUGAUGUUUUAACACUUUCAAAGUAUCCAACUGUAGUGAAAGUGUUCUCAAACUUUCAGAUCUGUUGUGGAGUGCCAAGUUCUGAUCCGGGGCAAACCUUUUAAUCUGGUGCAUGAGGCAACAGCAUCAGACAACUGUCUGUGAUAAUGAAAAUACUUUGCUCAAAAAACAAGGUUUACACCUGCAGUAAAGUGUACUAUGCAAGUUGAUAUUAUAAUCUGACUGUUGCCAGGAAUCUUGUGACGGCAUUUUUUCAUGUUCAUGUGUUAUUCAGACUAUUAUAAUCCACCAGUAUUUUGAGCAGUCACCUUCAAAGUGAAUAUGUUUACCUCGCUUCCAUCAUAUUUAUUCAUUUUUAUCAAAAUCUCACUGUUUUCUAUAUUUCUGAGAUGACAGUUCUACCUGAGGUAUUAUUUGCUCUCAUUGUAUUGCAUGUUAUCACUGCUGAUCAAUGUUGUGCCUUCACAAGGCCAUGUGUCUCCACAUUGCGAGCCUGUCUCACCAUGUCCACGUCAGUGCCUUCACAAGGCCACGUGUCUCCACAUUGCGAGCCUGUCUCACCAUGUCCACGUCAGUGCCUUCACAAGGCCACGCGUCUCCACAUUGCGAGCCUGUCUCACCAUGUCCACGUCAGUGCCUUCACAAGGCCACGCGUCUCCACAUUGCGAGCCUGUCUCACCAUGUCCACGUCAGUGCCUUCACAAGGCCACGCGUCUCCACAUUGCGAGCCUGUCUCACCAUGUCCACGUCAGUGCCUUCACAAGGCCACGCGUCUCCACAUUGCGAGCCUGUCUCACCAUGUCCACUUCAGUGCCUUCACAAGGCCACGUGUCUCCACAUUGCGAGCCUGUCUCACCAUGUCCACUUCAGUGCCUUCACAAGGCCACGUGUCUCCACAUUGCGAGCCUGUCUCACCAUGUCCACUUCAGUGCCUUCACAAGGCCACGUGUCUCCACAUUGCGAGCCUGUCUCACCAUGUCCACGUCAGUGCCUUCACAAGGCCACGUGUCUCCACAUUGCGAGCCUGUCUCACCAUGUCCACUUCAGUGCCUUCACAUUUACAGAUUAUGUACAAACUGUCUCAAGAUAUAACUUUAUAGCUUUCUCAUGAUGGCAUAUAGAGCUCACUAGGCCGGUGUAAAAGAUACAUGUACCAGUUGGUCAAUUCAAAUCACACGUGUUCACAUUAGUAUUCCAUGUCAGUAUUCCGUCAUGUUUUGUGUGCUAAUAGUCAGUUGUCUUUUCGAGUUUGUUUGUGUUUGUUAGUUUUAUUGAUAAAGACAAAGCCUUUCGACUCUUGGAUAGUAAACCAUGCUUUCUAGUCUGUUAGGACAAUGGUGAUCAAACCAAGCUUACAAACCGACUCUCUUUUUGUUUUUUUCGAGAGCGAGGUCUUUAUCUUAGCGUUUGUGAUAUUUUAGUCGUGAAUUUUCACUUGUACCUGAAUCAAAUUGAGUAUUAUUUAGUCAAAUGUAAAUAGUGUGUGCAUAUUUUAGUCGCUGAAACUGAUUUAAAGAGAUUGGCUCUAAAAGUUAGUUAGUUAUUGCUAGCCUUUGAUGCUGUACAUUUCUAAUGCAUUUCCAUUCUAAACUUAAAGGGAGACUUUAGGCUGGAGAGUGGGCCGGAUGAAGUGACAUGAAGUUGUCAUAUAGGUGUUUUGAAAGGGAUUCUUUAAUUGUGACUUUUUCACUCAGAUGUAAAUAGUGUGUCAUGUCAUGCUGCUCUUUUAGAGUGUGGAAUUUUUCUAUUUGUUUGUUGUUUUUUAAAUAGCAUUAUGUAAAUGUGAUCAAUGAGAUAUUUUUGGUGCCGGGAUUUACUAGUUUUAGCACAAUUUUUACUGCACAAAUUAAUCAGUGUCCAUCAUGCAGGUUCUUAUAUAACCUGACCCCCGUCCACUGCAACUAAACUACUAUUCCACACCUUGACAUUGCUAUCUUGGUUAGAGGUAGAGCUUACUCAUAUAACCUGACCCCCGUCCACUGCAACUAAACUACAAUUCCACACCUUGACAUUGCUAUCUUGGUUAGAGGUAGAGCUUACUCAUAUAACCUGACCCCCGUCCACUGCAACUAAACUACAAUUCCACACCUUGACAUUGCUAUCUUGGUUAGAGGUAGAGCUUACUCAGCUUUCCAAGAUUGCUCCUUGAUUGAUAAAUCAUGAGAAGACUUCAAGUCAUCUCCAGCAAAAUCCACAUAUGUAUUGAAAAACUGCUGAAGCCCCUCGUCUGUGAUAUCAUUCUGCCAAGUUUUAUUAUUAAUAAAAGAUA